AUGGAUGGAGAUCAUGAGACGUUCCUCUUCACCAGUGAGAGCGUAGGCGAAGGCCACCCCGACAAAAUUUGCGAUCAGAUCAGCGACGUAGUGCUUGAUGCCCAUCUUAGCCAGGACCCUGACGCCAAAGUUGCUUGUGAAACGUGUACCAAAACUGGUAUGAUCCUGAUCUGUGGGGAGAUUACGUCCAAGGCCCAAGUUAAUUAUCAACAAAUUGUGCGUGAUAUUGUUAAGAAAAUUGGUUUUGAUGAUUCACGAAAGGGCUUUGACUACAAGACCUGUAAUAUUCUUCUGGCCCUGGAGCAAAAGUGUGCAGAGAUUGCUAAUGGUGUACACAUCGGGCGCAGUGAUGACAACACUGGUUCAGGGGACCAGGGACUGAUGUUUGGUUAUGCCACUGAUGAGACCGAUGAGUGCAUGCCCUUAACUAUUAUGCUGGCACACCGUCUCAAUCAGAAGAUUGCAGAGCUGCGAAGAGAUGGGACGUUCUGGUGGGCGCGACCUGACUGUAAGACUCAAGUCACAUGCCAGUAUGCCUUCGAUCAAGGAGCUGUUAUUCCCAAAAGAGUGAACACUGUUGUCGCUUCUGUACAGCACUCGGAACAAAUUACUGUCGAAGCUUUGCGUGACGAGGUUAUAGAGAAGGUCAUCAAGGUCAUUAUUCCUGAAAAAUAUAUAGAUACUCAAACGAAAUACCACAUCAACCCUUGCGGAGAAUUAAUCAUGGGUGGACCUCAAGGUAACGUUGGGCUAACUGGUAGGAAAAUCAUCGUUGACACUUACGGUGGGUGGGGCGCUCACGGCGGGGGAGCAUUCUCUGGCAAAGAUUACACAAAGAUUGACCGC